AUACGGGUGUGGAAAGCGGCUUCCUGCUGUCAGCCGCUGUGUAAAUAUAUCGUUGUUAAAUUUCGGAACGUUUUUUAAUGUUAUUUCGACGCGAAAUGAACCCUUUUCAAAGUUUAAUUAACGAUUGUCUUAUUGGCACAAAACAUGUCAAAAGUGCGGCGCUUCUUGUGGCUAAAACAGGCGAUAUAACAGCGGUGUCGUCCAAGUUUCACAUCCAUUCCAAGGAAGUGCAGAUGUUAACAGAUGCCUUCAAGCACUUGGAUGCAACCAGAGGGCAGGGCUUAUGCUUCAAGGAGAGGAAGUUCAGAUGUGUUCGAGCAGACAGAAACUCAAUCUACUGCAAAUCUGGUGGACAGGGCCUGAUCUUGGUCAAAACUGCACUGUAUGUCAUGGUUGCAACCUACACUGAAAGCAUGUAUCCCAGCGUGUGCGUGGAGGCCGUCGAAAAACUAGCUGAAUAUCUGCGCGAGAAGGGGAAAUGAAAUGAUCCGACCAAACAAUGAUUGUCACAUCGUAACAAAACACUUGACCCAUUCCAGAAGGGACUGUAUUAAAACAGCUCAGUCUAAUAGCAUGUAAACUAGAUUGACCAUAUUUCAUCUUUUGGUUUUCAACUGGGUUGGAAGUUUGGUUUGAACUAUGUCAAUGAACGUUAAUAAAUAAACAGCUAACAAAUGCA